AGGACCUACGCUAGUGGGUACAAUUCAUUGUAUUUUAUCGUUUAUCACUAAUCCCCGCGGUGGGUGCCCUUAACUCCGUCCUUUUGCAUCAUCGCACCUUGAACCUUGAACUUCAAAGCUCCGUCCAUUCCAUGCACCAAUUGUCACAUUGUCACAUUUUAAAUUCACAACUUGCGAGCCUCGUACUUCUGCAAAGUAUGUGAAGCUUACCAGAUGGCUUACGUAGCGCCCAUCCACCGGCCCAACAGUGUUCGGCAUGCUCUGCGCGUCAACUUGUUCCCUAAUGAAGAUGAAUGCUUGAUUGUUGCAAAGUCGAAUCGCCUAGAGAUAUGGAAACUUCAGGAAUCCGGUGCCUUGGUGCAAACCGACAGCAAGGUCAUUCAUGGCACGAUCACAAUAUUACAAAAGUUACAGCCUCGAGAUGCCGAUACACAGUUGGUCUUUGUUGGAACCGAUAGAUUCCAUUAUUUCACAUUUGGGUGGAGUUCUACAGACAAGAAGCUUGAGACGAAGGAUUCCUUCUUCGAUAUCCACGAGAAGCACAUGCGAGAUGCUCAGAGCCAGGAUAUGUGUGUGGUGGACCCCACUGGACGGUUCAUGGUGGUCCUUCUUUGGGAGGGUGUUAUCAACGUGCUGCGCAUGCACACCGUAAAGAGCAAGAGACAAAAUCUACAUUGGAUGGAUCAAGUACGAGUCUCGGAACUCUACAUCAAAUCCGCAACCUUCCUCCAUGUCGAAACCGGUCACCCCAAGAUCGCUUUCCUCUACCAAUCCCGAAAUGAUAUCCCCGACUCACAGCUCGUUACCUACCGGCUGACCGUUGACGAUAAGAACACAGAGGUCUCCCGGUUUGAGAUUAGAGAUCAGGUCGACCGUAUGCAUAUUGAAGACCCUGGUGCUUCUCUGCUGAUACCGGUUGGCAAAGGCGAGGAAGAUCAGAAGCGCUAUAUAAUACGAAACGCUUCCACCGCCCGAGCUCAACUAGGUGGUUUGAUUGUCGUCGGUGAGACACGACUGCUGUACUACGACGAUGCCGCCAAGACCAAAGUAGAAGAGGGGUUAGAGCAAUCUUCCGUGUUUGUAGCGUGGGCUGAGUAUGAUGUCUCUCACUACUUCAUUGGGGACGAUUACGGAACUAUGUGGCUGCUCGAGAUUCUCCUCGACGGUGCUGUGGUGACUGGGCUACAAAUGAGUAAGAUUGGAACAACCUCGCGAGCUAAUCGUCUCGUGUACAUGGGAAGCAACACCCUAUUCGUCGGGUCGCAUUAUGGCGAUUCGCAACUUUUUCAGGUUGACCUUGAGACGAAAUCACUGCAUUUGGUUCAAACUCUUGAUAGCAUUGCACCAAUAUUGGAUCUGAAUAUAAUGGAUAUGGGCAAUCGUGAUGGGGAGGCCCAAACCACCAAUGAAUACUCUUCAGGCCAGGCACGACUGGUUACCGGUAGUGGUGUCUACAAAGAUGGAAGUUUACGCAGCGUGCGGAGUGGUGUUGGCUUGGAAGAUAUUGGAGUCCUCGCUGACAUGGACAAUGUUCGGGCGUUAUUUUCACUUCAAUCGCACGGAGCCUCCAAGACUGAUAAUUUGGUUGUCUCAUUCUUGACCGAAACUAGGAUAUUCACGUUUUCUCCCAGCGGCGAAGUGGAAGAGGUCGAGGCGUUUUCUGGGAUGAUAUUCAACGAGCAGACACUUUUGGCCCGGAGUCUACCAAACGGCCGACUUCUUCAAGUUACUACAACUAGUGCAUUACUCAUCGACACGGAAAGUGGCAUUGUUGUAUCAACAUGGAAGCCCGCUCAAGGACAAAUCACUAACGCAUCAGCCAACGAUCAAUGGGUUCUCAUCUCUGUUGAUGGAAAAAUUCUUCUUUCGAUAAAAAUACAACAGGAUCUGGCCCGUGUCGGGUAUAAUGACCUGGAAGAGAAUGAUCAGGUCGCAUGCCUUCAUUCGCCUCCGGAAUUCCCUCAUAUAGGCGUGGUUGGAUUUUGGAAGUCGGGCAGCAUUUCCAUCAUUGAUGUCAAAACCCUGCAGUCUAUCCAUGGAGAAAGCCUACGACGAAAAGACAACAAUGCCUCCAUUCCUCGAACUCUCGCGCUUGCCCAAGUUCUCCCUCGAGAUCUUAGCGGACCUACAUUAUUCGUGGGCAUGGAAGAUGGCUUCGUUGUCAGCUUUAAUGUCUCCAAAUCGGACUUUUCUCUAUCCGGGCGGAAGAGUGUUGUUUUGGGAACACGACAGGCUCAACUAGGAUUGCUUCCUCGCUCAGACAAACUCUUUAACGUGUUCGCGAUGAGCGAGCACCCUAGCUUAAUUUAUGCGGGCGAGAACAGAAUAGUCUACUCAGCUGUAACGGCUGACGAUGCAUCAUGUGUUUGUCCGUUCGAUAGUGAGGCCUUUCCGGAUUCUAUUGUGGUUGCAACCGAGAAGGAGGUCAAGAUAUGCGCGAUAGACACAGAACGUCGAACCCACGUGCAGACCCUUCCCAUGGGCGAAACGAUUCGGCGGGUAGCAUAUUCUCUCAGCGAGCGGGCCUUUGGAUUGGGCUGUUUUAAGAGAGAAGUUAAGAACAACGAAGAAAUCGUAACGAGUUCAUUUAAACUCGUGGACGAGGUGAUAUUCAAGCAGCUCGGAGAAGAGUUUCUCCUGGAUACAUCGCCAAGGAUUGAAAUGGUUGAAACUGUGAUUCGUGCCGAGUUUUUGGAUUCAUGGGGAAACCCGGUGGAGAGAUUCUUGGUCGGAACCAGCUAUGUCGAUGAUGCCCAGAACGGAUCGCAGGAUGAAAUCAGAGGGCGAAUUUUGAUCCUCGGGGUGGAUAGCGAGAGGUCCCCUUAUCUGGUUAGUAGCCGAAAACUGAAAGGCGCCUGCAGAUGCCUGGGAGUCAUGAACGGCAUGAUUGUUGCGGCUCUGGCAAAAGCAGUUGCUCUAUACACGUACAUCGAAACAACCUCAACUUCUGCCAUAAUGAGGAGAAUCACUUCCUACCGGCCAUCCACCUACCCUGUUGAUCUAGCCAUUGAGGGGGACGUCAUCGCAGUCGCGGAUUUGACAAAAUCCAUGACUCUAGUCAAAUAUGUCCCACCUGCUGACGGCGAAGGCGCGAAGUUAAAAGAGAUUGGAAGACAUUAUGAGUCUGUUUGGACUACUGCGAUAAGCCACGUGGACGAGGAAUCGUGGCUGGAAUCCGACGCGCUGGGUAAUUUAUUGGUGUUAAGGAGAAACGUGAAGGGAGUUACGCAGUCCGACACGCAUCGCAUGGAGGUUACAGGCGAGUUCAGCCUGGGCGAAACGGUGAAUAAAAUUCGCAAGAUCACCGUUGAUGCUAGUGAGAGUGCUAUCAUCGUGCCACGAGCAUUCAUGGGGACGACAGCAGGCGGGGUCUAUCUAUUCGCAACAAUCGCACCAGAAUACCAAGACCUUUUACUUCGAUUCCAAGCCAAGCUCGCCGAGGUGAUAGAGACGCUGGGUAACAUUCUCUUUUCCCGGUAUCGAUCUUUCAGAAACGAGGAACGCGAGUCGGACGGACUAUUCCGUUUCAUAGAUGGAGAGUUUAUAGAAAGAUUCCUCGACAUGGACGAAUCGACGCAAAAAGAAAUAUGUGCGGGAUUAGGUCCGGACGUGGAGGCGAUGAGAACGCUGGUGGAGGAGUUGAAACGUAUGCAUUAAGGCGCAUUAAGGGGAAUGAAUGUAUCCCAAUGGAGAUGUUCGAUGGGCAUGAAUAAGGAGUAACCUAUGUAAUCCUAGGAUUAUCAGAUGUCGGUGGAUUUGGCCAUGAGGCGGAUUCGACGACGACAUGAUUUUAUGGAUGAAUAUGUCUAGGUACCUACUACUAGUACUUAGGUAGCUAAACGUACCAAAUAAGAAAGGAAGUAAACCUCA